AUGGACCCAAAUGAUUCUACUGGAGCCCAAGCCCCUGAGGUCUCCGCUGAGACUCGACGCAGAGGCAGGCAGAUGAUGAGAGACCUGCAGCAGCAGGCCCUCACUCAAUAUUACCAGGAGUUGGACGCAGAGAACGUAGGCCGCCCUCCCUUGCAACCACCUCUUCCCGUUGAAAAGUCCUUUCGCAGCCCAACCACCAUUCGGAAUGACCCCCCGGCUCUCCAAAAGUUCUAUCGAGACUGCGAAGCCGGCCAGCUUGAGGCAGUGGAGCAAUGCAUGCAGACACUGAGGCCUGAUCCAGAAUAUGUGCAGUACGGCACAGUGUCUGCUGCCAAGGAAGGCAGGGCUGACAUUGUCAAAUAUCUUCUUGGGGCUGGCGCCCAGCUCACGGAUAUAAUUGUCGUUGAAAUGUGCGACAGCAACCCAUCAUUGGACUUCUUCGAGUAUCUGGUUCAGAAACACGGCUGGCAUCCGAAUCAGGUCUCACACCCUUCUAACAUACCUCUAUUGCAUCUCCUGAAAGAUGAGAACGAAGCAAUUAUUCGAUAUCUCCUCGAACAAGGAGCCGACCCGAACCUAGGUCCAUUCGGGAUGCACAUCACUGGGCCGGGGGCUCCUAUCAAUCGCAAAUGCGGCGCAGCACUUGAGAAAGCAGCCGUCUGGUGCUCGACUAGCAUGAUCGACUUGCUCCUCUCCCAUGGAGCCAAGCUAGAGUAUGCCAUACCCAUUCACAGGGCUGCAUGGAGCCACUCCAUCCGUCACAAUAUGGACCGGGCUGCUAUGAUAUCUCACCUCGUCGAACUCGGGGUCGACAUCAAUGGGUUGGAUACGAAUCAGCGGAGGAUCAACUAUCAGCGAGGCACACCCCUUUCCUUUUGCUACAGGGAUGACAGGCGUGAUGGGGCGGAGUUGCUUCUCCGAUUGGGCGCAUGCCCGGAUAGGACAAAAGAGCCGCAGUGGUACGUCGACAUGUGGGUUAGGGUAAUGCAAGAGAAGGGCGAGGACCAAUUCUGGAAAGACGUCCGGGCUACAGCGAUGAAAGCACUUCCCUACUGGAGUAGCACCGGGACGGGGAAUACCUGGGUGGACAGUAUGAUCCCGUCUGAGACGAAGACCCAACGAGGAGAAGAGGUCAAACAGGAAUAA